AUGAAACGAAAGAGAGGCAAGAAAGAUGCCUCCGGGGCUUUCAAACGUACCAAGAUAAGCAGUAGUACCAUCAUCCGCAACCCUCAACCUACUCCUAGCAUCCUCCGGCUAUACUAUCCUCAAGUCUUGACGUUACGAGAAUAUCUUCUACAAGCCAAGACAUCUAAGAACAAGAGACGAUCGAUCACGACCUAUGGAUACGACACGGCCAGAAGCUUUCAAGAUACUGAUUUGGAGCUGGUCAAACUUCUGGAUACCGUUCUUGUUGGCUGCCACGAUGUGAAAAUAGAGAAGCAUGAUACUUCCGACUACCAGAACGACCUCAGCAUAUUCUCGACGCAAGCGUCUGGUUCUACAGCCAAAUCUGGUGGUUCACAGGUACAUCUUUCCUUUGCCGAGAUUGUAGAGUUCGUCAUCUGGCGGCUCUUCCGUCAACAUACUUCUGGGCAUCGUCCUCCGCAUGUCCUUUGUCAUGGCUACUACCAUGACGGUCUGGGAGAUGUAAGGACCCUGACGAAAGUGAAUGCAGAAGAUAACUGUCAUGUUGCCUCACCGGAUCGAAAUGAACAUGUCGAUAGGUUGAAGGGAAGUGCCUGGGCCGGUUUGACAAAAUUGGUUGGUAAUAACGGUGUGGUCACACUGAUCCAGCUUUUGCAGAAUUGCGGCAUGUUCGCGCCUCUUGAGGGUGGAAGAGACAAUUUUCUGCAAAUCAGUGGCAUUGAUCUGUCUGAGCUGCAGACUGUUGACAAGAAUCAUCCUACAGGUGGGCCAAGGUCAGACAGUGGUGCAACCUUGGUGGCCUCUGAUGCCAUGAAGGUUGACAGUCAACCCAGCUACGAGCUUAACACUCUAAACACGAUCCGAUUUGUACGACACCGUAUCCUGUACAGAAAGUCUGACUUGAAUGCGCAAGGAGAGGCAUAUUUUGGUCUGCCACACAUCCGUACGUCCCACGAACUUUGUAAAUGGUAUCCAAAUUUGACGUGCGACAGAUAUACUGAAUCGUAUCAGGUGUUGCGAAGAGGCAGACAAGAAUGCUCACCUGCUAAAGUACAUCUUUCCACGACAGUUUGGACUUCACAAUGUUUUCACCCAUGCAAUUAA